AUGGGGAAGCCAAAAUCAUAUACAAUUGUCAUUAAAUUAGGGACAUCCUCUCUAGUUGAUGAGAAAACUAAAGAACCAAAACUAUCUACAAUGUCUCUCAUCGUAGAGACAGUGGUUAAAUUAAGAAGGGCUGGUCAUAAAGUGGUGAUUGUUUCAUCUGGUGGUAUUGCUGUUGGAUUGAAGACAAUGGGUCUAGAUAAGAGACCAAAGAAAUUAUCUCAAGUACAAGCAUUAGCAGCCAUUGGACAAAGUAAAUUGAUUGGUAGAUGGGAUGCGUUAUUUGGAUCAUUAGAUCAAAGAAUUGCACAAAUUUUAAUCACUAGAAAUGAUAUUUCAGAUUGGACUCAAUACAAGAAUGCACAAAAUACAAUGAAUGAAUUAUUAGCUAUGGGUGUUGUUCCAAUUGUCAAUGAAAAUGAUACUUUAUCAGUUGCAGAAAUUAAAUUUGGUGAUAAUGAUACAUUGUCAGCUAUAACUUCAGCUUUAAUCAAUGCAGACUAUUUAUUCCUUAUGACUGAUGUUGAUUGUUUAUAUACAGAUAAUCCAAGAACAAAUCCAGAUGCUAAACCAAUUCUGAUAGUGGAGGAUGUUAACGAUAUCAAAGUUAAUACUGAAAGUGGUGGUAGUGAUGUUGGUACUGGUGGUAUGACCACAAAACUUAUUGCAGCAGAUUUAGCUACUGAAGCAGGAACAACAACCAUUAUAAUGAAGAGUCAAAAACCAGAAAAUCUAUGGUCCAUUGUGAAACAUAUUCAAGACCAAGAUGUUGAUCAUGUUGAUGAUAAUGGUAAAGAAUUAUCAAAUGAUGUGAUUCAAAUUGAACAAUUGAAAGAAUUACAAUUAAAUAACGUUCCACUACAUACAAGAUUCAUUGGUAGAGAUAAACAUGUCAAAAACAGAGAAUUUUGGAUGUUGCACGGCUUACAAUCUCAUGGGUCAUUGAUAAUAGAUCAAGGUGCACAUAAUGCCCUAACAAGAAGUAAUAAAGCUGGAUUAUUACCAGUGGGGAUCAUUAAAGUCGUUGGAACAUUCCAUGAUCAUGAAUGUGUCUCAGUUAAGGCCGGUCAUAGAUUAUCAAAUGGGGAGUUAGAUACAUCAAAACCAUUAACUGAAAUUGGUAGAGCAAGAGUCAAUUAUUCAUCUAUUGAAAUUGAAAAAAUUAAAGGAUGUCAUAGUCAACAAAUUGAAGAAAUUUUGGGUUAUGCUGAUUCUGAAUAUGUUGCUCAUAGAGAUAAUUUGGCAUUUCCACCAAGUGUAUUGGAAAGUACACAAUCAAGUUUGAAUUUAGCUGGUAGUGCAUAA